AUGUACAAGAGUAAAUCAACAGUAUCGAAUAACCUCCGUAGUUAUUCUCGUGUAGCAAGAGGUCAGAAAUCUUCCCUAGCCGGUCUUUCGUACGUUAGCGAAAGGUCGAUUGCGGAAGGUUUUCGUUCUCCUGCUCACCCAAAGGUCGCCAACCUGGACUUUGAAGCUCGUGUCCCCGUCCCCUUCAGCGUCUUCCCAUCGACCUACCGCGAGGCGGAUACCCAGACAAACGUCGCUACCACCACCACAACCACCACCCACGAGGAGGUCGAGUUUACCCCCCCGAAGCCCGGACGGGAAGGUCAACACUCUUCUGGUUUUCACGAGGUUGGACAAGAAGAGGUACACUACACCCGUGAAGAAGACUAUCACCGCCGUCCCGGUAUCAAGCAGGAGCGUGAGCGUCACUACUACACCCAGGACGAGUUCCGACCUUCUCGACCCGACUUUGCAGAGACUCGUGUUGAGGUAGACCACCACCACCACUACACCGCCAGCCCUGUUGAUAUCGCUGAACGCGAGUAUCGUUCCCGUGUCCAACCCUCGUACGCCAUCGAGGGAGCCCACUACCGACCCGUCCAGCACACGACCACUACCCGUGUCGAGGAGUACACUGUAGAGCCUAGCAAGCCUAGCCGCGUCUACAGAGAAUCCGACCGAGCUUAUAUCAGCAAGGAAACCGUCGAGCCUAGACGCCUUACCACCACCAAGAAAGCCAAGAUGGGUUACUACGACGAGGACGGUCACUACCACUCGUUCCGCGCGGGCCUGCACAAGUUGGCUGAUAAGGUUGUGCACCCAGAGUCCCGCCACCACCACCACCAUGUCGAGCAGGAGCGUGAGGUUCGCGUAACCCGUGCUCCCCGUGCUCCCAGGCAGGAGGGUGCUCCUUUGGUGCCCAACACUGUCACCAUUCCCUGCCACCACAUCCGCAUUGGCGACUUCCUCAUGCUCCAGGGCCGUCCCUGCCAGGUGAUCCGCAUCUCCACCUCGGCUGCCACCGGCCAGUACCGAUACCUUGGUGUCGAUCUCUUCACCAAGGCCCUCCAUGAGGAGAGCUCCUUCAUCUCCCACCCCGCUCCCAGCGUUGUCGUCCAGACCAUGCUCGGCCCUGUCUUCAAGCAAUACCGAGUCCUCGACAUCCAGGACGGUGCCAUUGUCGCCAUGACCGAGACCGGCGAUGUCAAGCAGGACCUCCCCAUUAUUGACCAGUCCAACCUCUGGGACCGCCUCCAGGCUGCCUUCGACUCUGGCCGUGGCAGCGUCCGCGUGCUCGUCCUCAACGACGGCGGCCGUGAGCUCGGUGUUGACUUCAAGGUCGUCCACGGAUCCCGUCUGUAA